UAGUGACGUAAAGCGGCCAUUUUGGUAUCGCGGGCUUACGAUAAGGUCUCCAGUACUCAUCUUCUUCACUAAACUAAAGUAUUGUCGUCAAAGUCUGUUUCUCAAGUUUUAAGAUGAAUUUCCGUCAGGAAUUUUCGUAAAGAAUUCAAUUCUUCUGUUUCAGUAUCCUGAUUUUACUUUAUGUUGCUGAGUGGAUGAUUGAUUCUUCUUGUUGUACACUCGGCCUCGAUCGUCUUGUCUUGCUUGUCAAGUCUGCCAACCAAGUCAGAAAAGUGUCACAGCUGUGCGCAUGUAGGUAGAGACAUAACAUUAAAAUACGCAGGGAUUCAAGAAAUUGCUCAAAUUGGGAUUAUAAUUGCAACAACUGUUAAAACGAUAUGUGAAAGCGUUAGUAUGUAUCAAACCGCUUAACAGACUGCAGAAAUUACCUCCGACAGGAUCAUCAGCUCUUUUACAUUGUCGUCAGUUGAUUGAACUGUUAACAGAGGGACUACACAGCGAAGAUUAAUGAGUUCUACUCUGUUUUCCAAAAUGGAUUCCAAGCCAUUCGUUCCUGAUGGUACGGAACCUCUACAUGACAGUCAAGAAAAGCUUUCUUCAUUGCCAGUUCCCAAAGCUACAAUAGAUGCCAUUGCAUAUAUUGACAAAAUAGAUGAAGAUGAAAUUGACAAUGUUCUUUUCACCGAUUCUUUGGUGACAACCUCUGACACAGGCAAGGAGUUAGGAGAGUUUACAGUGAGUAUUGAACGUGCCCGAUACAACAGUAAAGAUUGCUUCCUGAUUCAUGCCAAUAGCCAUGGUGCCAUUGAUAAUGUACCGAUGGGAACCUCUAUAACAGCAUAUGUAUCUAAGACACUAGAAACAUUAGAGCAACAGCAUCAUGAAUAUGUAAAGCUAGAAGAACAACAUCUUGACAAGAAGACAUUCAUUGUAAUGAACGAAGACAAAUAUAUUGUUAAUAGAAUAAUUACACAAGGAGAGCAAGUGUUUAGGCAUGUUGAGACUUACAGUUCAGAGACCAUGCAUGGAUUCAUCUCUGAAGGUUCAAAUUUGUUAGUACAAAGACUAAUGGUUAAGAAGGGCAUUCCAGAACAUUGUAAAUUCAUUUCAUUUGAUUCAGAGGCUAAGCUGUGUCAUGCAUCUUAUAGAAGCUUAGAGGAUCAUUCACAAAUGAUUGGAGAUACUGAAGUGACAGUAACAGGAAUUGAAAGAACCAUAAAAUCAUUGUCGGACCUUCCUACAACGUGGCAAACCUAUUUCCUACGUGAUGGGAGGAUGAGCAGUAGAGUUCAGAUUGGUUCUCCUGUCACAAUGCGACUUCUUCGUGUUCCUCCUCCACUAGAGAAGGAAGAGGUUCGAGAAAAACCUGCUGUUGCCAAGAAACCGUUGCAUUGGGAAGAUGAUAUGCAACUUUAUUCCAAAUUCCUUGACAGAAAGGAAGAAUUGAAGGGGGAUCAUGCCACAUAUAUGAGACACCACCCUGAGCUUAAGGCACUUCUUGCUGAUUUUCUCCAAUUUCUACUUCUCCGCAAACCCGAAAAUAUCGUAGCUUUUGCUUCUGACUACUUUUCCGCGUUCUCUCCAUCAACCAAAGAGGGCAAUCCUUAUGCCACAUCUGGUGAGGCCCGUUACAUUCCACGCCCGGAAUCUCCUUUCAAGCGCACAUCAUCAUCGGGAUUCCCCUCCUAGUUUACAAAAAGUAUAAACCAACAGAAAAAGAAAAGAAUAAAUACAAAAUUAUACCAAGUUUAUUUUGAUUAUAAUUACUUGAUCUGUUUUAUCUGUUCUUUUAGAGUGCAAUUAAUAUUUGAUUAAUUAAUAAUUAAUUGAACCACUCUAUAUAUAUAGACAUUUCUUGCAUGAUGAAUGUAUAAUGAUGUAGUGUUAUGUUCCUAUUGAAUAUCUUACUGUACAUGCUUUAGGUAAGAAACACAACUAUUUGCCUUCCAUGUUACAAUCUUGUGUCCUACCUUUACCUCAGAUUCAGAAUACAGCUUGCAUGAAAAUUGUAUUAAUAAGUCUUUCAGGCUUUGAAGAGGCUCAUGAUCUUCUUGUUAAUUUCUUUUGUUCAAGUCGCAUUUGUUUCACAGUUCUCUUAAGAAGUAUAUUUUUGUUGUUCAUAUUCCAAAUUCUCUGCUUCAGAAUUCAAGGAACAAGAAUUUGAAAACUGAAAAGAAAAUGUAAUUUUUAUAUGCAGCGUUUAUUUAGCCGGUAGUGUGCCUAUUCAUUUACAAAGCAUUUUUGUGAUGAUUAGUGAGGGGUGCACUCCAACCCUACCGUUAAGUAUAGGCAAAUUCAAGUUUUAGAUAGCAGAAUAAGCACUUUGUUUUUAUUAAGUAAUUUCUUCUUAUGGAAUAACGAUUGUGUCUUUCAUAGUAGUGAUUUUAUGGCAGUGAAAUUAGGAUAUUUCUUUGUAUUUCUAAGCAUUAGGGAUGUUUACAAAACAUGUACCUUCUAAGAAACGAGUUAUUUUGCAACUCCUGCUUAGCAACAGCCAAUUGUAGAGAAACAUAGGUUGAGUAGGCAAGCCCUGUUUAUUAAGCAUCUCUUUCUGAUUGGUCAGUUGUUCUCUUUAAUAGACCUAGGUUUAGAACCUGAAUUUCUUAAUAGUUGACUAUUCACAGGUCAAAAUAUUCACUUAAACCAUCCGUAGUGUUAACAAAUGUUAUAUUUGAUGCUGUUUUUCUUCAAAUUUAGUUUUUCAUCUAGGCUUAUAUUCUAACUUUAUGGUAAUAUUAUGGUAUCAACACUUUUUAAAGCAAAAUAGAGUUUGUCUUAUGUAUCGAAUGAUAUGGGAAUAUCGACAAUUUGGUAUCCGGUGCAAAAAAACUUGUUUUGUGAUGUGAUGUAAAGUGUUCUGAAGAAAUGUUAUAGUGUUGCCAAAAAUAAGUUAAUUAUAAGUACACAAAUAUUUUAUAUAUAUAUUUAUAAACAAAUAGUUGAUUGUACUGAUGGAAACACCGUGCUGAAAUACAGAAACAAAUGAUGUUAUGUUAAGCCAGGCAUUCACUGCACACGACGGUCUAGGCCGGCGCGAUUCUGUGAAGAACGCAACGCGAUGACGCGUGUGCAACGGAUCAUUUUUAAUGACGAUCCGUUCAGAUUGCUGCCAACAUCAGCCGUGCGACGGUCGUACAAUGCAGGAAGUGCCUGGCAUACGUGUUGAGCAUAGCUCUUCAACUAAAAGUUCUUAUCAGUUGUGUGAAAAAGUGCUUCCAGCAGGUACUGUAAAUGGACCUGCGAAUUUUGCUUUUGAAUUUAGUGUCAUACUGUACCAUUAGACCACAAAGGCCUGUUGGUGUAUCGGAUCCAAUACAGGCAGAUUAUCCCCAUACACAACUGAUAUACGAUUCACUUAAUUGAGCCAAAAUUUUAGACCUCUACUGAUGGCAUAGAUUUAAAAUGUAUAACCUAUUACUCUGACGGCUAAAUGUUCUCAUAGUUAAAUAUAUUAAAUUAUAUUAUAUUAUAUUAAUGCAAGUUUGCAAGUCCUUUAACUUUCAUGUAAGUUGUGACUCACAGGACCAAAUUCAGAAAACAUCUUUUCAGCCUACAAGCAAGAGGAUAAAAUGGCAAGAGGGUCAACUCUUGGGUUUCCUUUGAAACUAAAUCCUAUCUCGAAAAUUACAACUACGACUUGGAGGGCAAUCUUCAAAAGAGAUGAUAUAACGUAAAAGUCGUUCGUAUCGUAUGGGCGCCUCCUAUCUUGUGGUAGUGCUGCAUUUUUUGUUCCAUUGCUUCCAUGCAAAAUUUGGACAGUGGCAUCUCUUGCCAUUUGAUACUGUUUGCUACAAGUAGCUCAGCAAUUAAAUUGAACCAAAAACCCUAAUACUGUAUAUUCAUGGUCCAAUACAUACACAAUGGCUACCACCGGUUAAGCAGACUAACGUAGACUGAUCCAGAAUACUGUAGUUCUAGUUUUUUUAACCCUUGUACUAUUUAGUGAUUAUUAAAAUUUUAGAUGCCAUUUAAUGUAUUAUUAUUUAACAUUAUAAAGUCAAUUUUGUAUUUAUUUAUUUAUGAUGCUAUGAUAAUACAAUACAUUUGAGUCCCAAUAAAAAGUUUUGUAAAAAGUUACAUGAUAUACUGUAAUUAGAUUGGGAGAUGUGAACAAAAUUGCAAAUGCAUUAUCUUAUUUUUCUAUUUUCUCCCUCAUACUGUGCUUUCAAUUCAAAAUUUAAAUGUAUUGCCCAAAUUUAAAGAAUAAAUUAUUAUGGAAAUGAAAAUUGUCUCAAUAUGUAUUUAAAAUGUAUGGGAGAAUUUUUCGUAUUCUCAUAGACCCUAGUGUUUUCUUGUACAGAUCUACGAAUCAACUGUGUACAUACGUGUAUAGACAAGCACUUGCAUUUUACAUUAGUAGUUUUGUAGUUGCAUAAAUUGAUGAAUUUGUUGUAAAUAAAUAUGCUAUCUUAUUUAUUUUUUUGUAUGAUUAUCACACAGAGCUAUAAUAAAUGUGGAAGAAUGGAAGAUAGGUUAAGAUAGAAAUCUUACACUUUUUUAGACAAAUGUUGUUUUGUUGACCGGAAUAUCAACAUAUUUGUGAGGUGUUGUCGAAGAAAGCAUUAUUGAUGAAGAUCACAUAUAUUUCGUCUUUGAUUUAAUCAGUUGUUCCUAGGUUGAUUAUGAGUAAAAUAGUUUGUAAAUUCAUAUGUCUAAAAUUAUAUGUCUAUUUUAUGAAUGCUUUAAACCAACUAACUGCCUUCAUUACCGAAAUGAAUCACCCCUUUGAAACAAAUACAACAGUCCAUCCCAGUGUAAAAGGUGCUUUUAAUUCAAUCAAUGUUGAAUAGGGAAUGAGGACUUGUUUGAACUGCCUUCAUUACCGAAAUGAAUCACCCCUUUGAAACAAAUACAACAGUCCAUCCCAGUGUAAAAGGUGCUUUAAAUUGAAUCAAUGUUGAAUAGGGAAUGAGGACUUGUUUGAACUGCCUUCAUUACCGAAAUGAAUCACCCCUUUGAAACAAAUACAACAGUCCAUCACAGUGUAAAAGGUGCUUUUAAUUCAAUCAAUGUUGAAUAGGGAAUGAGGACUUGUUUGGGAGACGGUUCGUACAUGAUGUGUUUGGACAGACUGUUCUAUUUUGUUUCAAAGGGUUGUUACAUUUUAAAAACAAUAGCAAUUAUUUGAUUUAUUCAGGUAAAAAUCUCACUCGUAGAGUACCAACAUCACGGUUGAUUUGUGUAUAUAAUAAGAAAGUUACAACUAACUUGCUUUGCUAUUGUGAAAUCCCAGAGAAACUAAUUUGUCAAAACAUACAGUCAUAUUUUCUUGAAUGUGUUAUAAUGACCUAGCAUACGAUACUACUCAUUUUGUCACAAUACCUCACAUUUUGUCUACAGUUUGUUAACAAGUAUUGUAGGGAUGCUCUCAGUUGCACUCUGAAACAUAAGUAAUAAUAAUUAUGUCAAAUUCAUAUAAUAGCGGAAGAUGCACAAAAUAUUUUCAAGGCUUUGUCUUGAUGCAAAAGAUUCAUAGCUAAUGUGGGUAGAAGUUCAUUCCGAAUCUUUGGAGCAAUGGUAAAAAAUGGUAACCUCUCAAAUCCCACUGAUUGAGCAUUUAUGUUAAUAAUUAUAGUGUAGUUUUAUAUAGCGCACAAAUCCAUCUAAUGUAAGAUGCUCAGGACGCUUGAAAUGUGGACUAGGAACUCGAUCAAUGUUCUAUAAUACCUGAUUCAUGUCAUAUGUUCUGUAGAUUGGAUUUGGAGGAAUAAUACAGUAUAUGAAUUUGUAUCCAAAACAACAGAGAAAAAAGUGUUACACAUCCCAUGCUACAGAUAUUUUACAUUGCAUCCAUUAUGUAAGAUUGGUAGGCAUCCUGUGUAAUAUUCUUGUAAGAAAAACAUGUAUACAUUACAGAGGCAGAGCCGUAGAUAGAGAGAGUUUGGCCAACUUGGCACAUGGACGCCGUGUCGUUGCCAAACAGCCCAAGCGCAUGCGCGCGUAUAACUUUAAUGUUUUGUUUUGGUGACAACAUGGCCGAUGUAAGUCAUGUGAUUGCGAUCCACCCAAUCACACGCGUGUAUAUCGAAUCCCGUGAAACAGAGUUGGCCAAACUCUCUCUAUCUACGGCUCUGUACAGAGGCCUGUAACACCGCCAAGGUAUCUCGUACAGAAUGUAUCUGUACGCAUGCUCACAGGAUGCAACUUAUCUUUUAUGUUGCAUCACUUACAUCUGUAUUGCCAGUGUGUAAACUGUACCAUGUUUAGCAAGGUUUACAUUGAUGUUGUUAAGAUGAUGGUAAUUUGGGUAGAAAUACCCUGAGAGGUCCUUGUAAAAUUUAGCAAAUAAUUAAAUCUCUUUUUUUUUCUUUUGUGAAAAGGGGGUGUAUGAUUGUCAUGAUGUCAAAUAUAUUCAUAGUUGGCAGUUAACAUGUUUCAUAAAUUGUUCUUGACUAGGUGAUACUGUAUAGCCUAAUUUCUAAACAAAAGUUUAUAUUAAAAUUGUUAAUUGUUUAGAUUUUUUGUCAGCAUCAAACUAACGCAGCCUACCUGUUACUGUAAUGCUCUCGAAAGCUUGUUUAGCUAUUUUAAAUCUGUAUGAAAUUUGUACGCUUACUUAAAACAAAAAGCAUUAUUAAAUAUAAAUAACAAAACUA